AUGGCCAAGAUGGCCAAUGCGAUGCGCCUUGGGACUAGUCGGACGAUGCUUCGGGCACAUGCACGUUUAAUAGAGUUUAUUUUGGCGCCAUCAGAUCGUUGGUCGGACGGGGGUCGUCGACGGGAACUUGGUGUCGGUGGUGGGGGCCCUGUUGUCAGGGGAGAGGCCUCAAGUUGGAUCUUUCCAGGUAUGACUCCGAUGUCGGCUGCCAAAGUGACCUCGGUCGAAGCUGGGCGAGCAUUUGACGGAAAGACAGUUGUUCGAAUUGCACGAAGCAGAGAUGGUAACAGUCUCUCUGUGAAGAGAUACUUUUGGAGCGCCUGGGAGAGGAGCCUGUUUCGACAAAGAACAUUUAGCCAAAGUGAUGAGAAUUCUUGCCAGGAAAUUAAGCGAAUUGAGAACGUGAACACAGCAGGAAUGCCAAGGUAG